UCAGGCGCAGCGCUCGACGAACAGGGUGUAAUUGUCGAAGCUGAGCUUAUAUGGCCCCCCAUUGAGGUUGACGGCGGCCUGCUGUGCCAGGAAACGCUGCAUAAACUCCAAGUGCGACUCUGUAAAGAAGACCUCAGUCCUCUCGUGGCCCUGUCGAUCAGCCAUUCCGAUGAGAGGCGCACACACAUUGCCCAGCGACCGCCUGUGGUCUGUCUGUCGGUGUGCUGCUUGUCUGUGCUGUGUGGCGCACCUUGAGUUUAUGAUUGAAUGAUGUAACUGUGGCCAUCACGCCGUUGUAGAAUUCGUCCAGCUCGUCAUCCGGCACACCGCCUGAAAUGCAUGAUGAGCAGACACAGCCACCAUGCAGUCUCCACUCGUGCUCAGUCCCAUUUCCCUUACCUUCGACGGUGAUCCCCACUUUAUCGAUCGGCGGCAACUGACCGAUGCCCCGAUCCCACAGACAGGGGGUCGCGGAAGCAUCCGUCGGGGAGGCUGUGAAUGCCGCUGCCGACAGCACGAGGCUCACCGACAGGUGCCUCUCCCGCCCCUUCUUGACCAGCGCCGCCUGCAGCCGCGCGAGGAACUGCCACACCUCACCAGCAGGUGCACUCAGCUCCACCUCGUGCUCAUCUCCUGCCUGGACGCACUACAGGCUGGGCAUGUUGGAGGCGAUCUCGAGGGCCCGCUUCUUGUUGGCCCCAUUGGCGAGGGCAUCACCCAUUAGCUUCAGGGUGUGGGCGGCGGGGAAUGUGUCGUCACUGAUGGCCGCAGGGACGGCCUCGUCAAGACCGCUGUACACCACGGUGCCGGCUCUUUUGGCGAAGUCGCGAAUGAGCUUCUGGGCGGCGGCGGGGCCGGUGCUGCUGCGCGAGAGGAGCUCCGCGUCGAUCUGGCCGCACGUGCCGUCGUCAGUGAGUGCGAAGACGCCCUUUUUCCACUGCCUCGGGAUGAGCAACGGCGUCACUGAUCGAAGGCAAAGCACAGACAUGAAUUGCUCUCUCUCUCUCUCUCUCUGUGUCCCUCUCUCUGUUGUGUCCUUACAUGAGCUGCGCAACGCUCUGGCACCGCUCCACAGGCUCGUCACUGCCCAUCCACCUCAUGUCGAUCUCGAGCUCCCGAAUGGACCGGCUGACGCCCCUCGCCACCAUCACCUCACGCAGCUCGUCGAUCUCGGCGGGGAUGCUUCCAUAUAUCCGGACGCCUCGCAGUGUGCGAAGCGCCGCCAACGACUUCCCGUCGGCGGGCAGCCCACUCAGCAUAUCUUCCGUCGCGUCGGCCCUCCAUCCGUCGACUGAGGUGAGCUCUUCGAUGGCCUCACAGUUGGCCACCCAUGCCCUCCCGCCCUCCACUGACGGCAACCAUACCGUGGUGAAGGACUUGACAGCGGGCGUCCGCCACGGGCGGCCGACGCGAGAAGCCAGGGGAAAGGUGGAUAUGUUGUUGACCAUCUUGAGUGCCGGCAGGUGGAUUGGGGCGGUGGGGGCGGGGGGCAGAGCCCAUGAGGAGGGAGGGAACAGGGAGAUGUCAACGCUGUCGUCGUACUCGCCCUUCUCGAAUGACAGCACCUCCAAUGUGCCCUCGUCAGCCAUGUGGCGGUCCCCAUUCUUAUGCGCCGCCGCAGCAAUAGCUGUCCCCUCCCCUCCCUCCCUCUCCCGUCGUUUCUUGGCUGCGAUGGCCGCCCGGCCGAUGGCGUGACCCGUGACCCCUCCACUAAUGCCACCCAGGUCCCGUUGCACCAUAGAUCUGGACGACUGGGAUACCGGUGCCUGAUCUCUCGGACGUUGGUCGCCCUCUGCCCCCACUUCUGCGCCACGCCGAGGGGCAUGGUCUCCCACAUGCGCCGCGCCGUGUCGUCCUCACAGUCGAUGACCAGUUUGGUGUAGUUGGCGGCCGACUGAUGGAAGAGGGGCGUGCCGAGACGCCGGCGGUGGCGCGUCAGCUCCCAUGGCUGCAGGUGGCCGAACACGUUGGCCAACUCGUCACGGGACAGCCGACGACGGGCCUGAAGUGACAAUCAACAUGACAUCAAAGUAAGGUCAAGAUGGUUUAGAUGUAUCAGGUCUGUCCUGGUGUCGGUCUGACCGGUCUUUGGUGGUUGACAGGGGGAGGUUUUUUGGUUUUGCCGCUUUGAUGGAUCAGACGAUACGAUGGCCGCCGUGCCUGUGAGCAACACAUGGGAGGGCAUGGACACAAUGCUUCCUCCCCUCUCCUUAUGUGCACUGUGAUGUUUACCUGUGACUGUUCAUCGGUCCCUUCAGCUGCCAAGCUAAUGACUGGUGGUGCCGUGGCUGUGGCCGCCAGCGCACCAACCGCAUCCGAGAGGCCCGACUCAGCAGAUGACAGCUGAGUGACGGCGCUGUUGACAUGGGCGGCGGCGAGGGACAGCUGCACGUGCACCUGCAGCGACUCAGGUGACGACGCCUACGACAAGCAGGCAGCAGAGGGAGCAGCAGACACCAUCUAGUGAAGUGCCUCGACCUGCUGCCUAGUGCAGGGUGUGGGUGUGUACCUCGAGAGGGUGAUUGGCAGGGUCCAGCUGGUUGAUCUGCGAUAGAUGAGCACCAACCUGAUGCACACAGCGGGAAAGAAAGGGUGGCAAGGAAAGACACAUGUGUGACGUCGAGUCUGUCAGGUGCGUCAGUCACAUCACAUCACAUCACACCAGACCUGUGAGUGGAGCUGCAGCAGCUUCUCGAGGCUCUCCUCCACACCCGCCGACUGCUCCUUCAACUGAACACAACACACAACACAACAUGACUCGCCUGUCUGCCAAUGGGAGAUGCAGGCUUCUCCUGCCCGUCAGGCCGCCACUCACCUGAGCUACGUUCAU